AUGCCCUCAGAGCCUACCAUCGUCUCGCAAAAUUUUUCUUCAGACGCCCGCACCCCUCAACCUACAACCUCUUCCCAGCAUGGCAAUGACCAUCGUUGUGAUGAAACGGUCUUCGACAUUCUCUCACGCGAGGAUGUCGGAGACCACGUCGCGUCGAAUGACCCGCCAUCUUCCCCUCCCGGAGGGGCGCUCGGCGAUGAAGACUCAUUACGACGAUUGAACGGGUUUGACAACGAUGUCGCAAUUGCAUCUUCACCAUCGUCAAUACCUGGCGGUGUUGAGACUGAAGGGUCAUUAGAUGAAGCAUUUCGGUCUUCGCCGGCAUCGCGUCGAUCGAAGAAGGUUUACGUUCUACGACCUAAACCCCGCCAGGCUCUUGCGGACCUUCCAAAUGAGGUUCUUACUCAUAUCCUUUCUCACCUUACGCCAGCUGCCCUCACAGCUAUUGCACUUGUAUCUCGUCGUUUCCAUACGCUAGUCACUACCCCUCAUGCCUGGAGGACCGCGUUCGGGCGUUACUUCCCAGGCCCCUACAGCAUCGACGAGGAUGUAACAUCCGAAGGGCUGGACUCGUCAAGGCGCGCUUUUACUAGGUUGACUGCUUUGGCGUCCUGGCGCAGCGAGUAUAUUCUCCGAACACGACUACUGCGUUCUCUAGGUCGAGGAAAGCCGGCGCUACUCCCUUCAUCUGGCAAAUACAAUUCUCGUGCAGGAGGCCCUCAAGGUGGAUCAGCUCUUGCGACGUAUACCUCGCAACUUCUGUACCCCAUCACCCACAUCGAUGCCUUGUUCACACCAACCAAUGCCAAGAAAUCUCCUCUGAUCAUCCAUGGGGCGGCCGAGGAAGGUGUUGCUUCGAUAAGUGAUCCUUCUGCUGGGAAGUCGGGUCCUUGGGGUCUAUACGGUCAUCCUCUUUUCCAGCAUUUCGCAGAUUUGUAUUCCGGCGAAGCAGAGUAUGGCUUGGGGUCGGGUGAUAUGGUCGGUGUGCCGAACUCGAUGGAUGUUAGUCAACCAUAUGGCAUGAUUUACGGCGAAGGAUGUCCCAGAGGUCGCAGCUACUAUUUAUCUGCUGAUGAAAAACGAGGUCGGUUUCUCGGUGGCUCCGAACUACAUUCGGAGCCUGCGCUGGGUAUUCCUGAUAUUCAGAAAUUUCCGACUGGCGCUUGUUCAGUUUGGAUUGCCAAGUCUCCAAACGUUUUGAAGAUGACGAACAAUAUGUUUGGAAUCUUAUGUGGCUCCAUAUCGGGUGUAUUGACUGCGUACUCUCUUGGAAGCAGUCAUUUGCAUGAACGUCGUUUCGAGCCCGGUCAGAUUACAGCAAGAUGGGUGCUCAGUCCCGGUGUUCCGAUCAUUUCCAUCUCAGUUGAUGAAAACUUUUCGACAAAGAGAUACUCUACUCGUCGGAUCUGGGCUACAGCUUUGAACGCUUUGGGCGAAGUUUAUUAUUUAACAGAGCUCCCGGCUCUGCCUGAGUCGAAUCAAGCUGUCUUGCCUGAAGUACUGGAAAGAAGAGCAUGGAAGGCUGGUCGCAGUGUUCACUGGGAACUUAUCGAGUCUACACGCCGCGUUGCUCGUCCUGAUCCAUUCAAUCGAGAUGCGGUCGAUGGUAGCUACAGUCCACGGUCUUCUACUGAUUCAAUGGGCCUAAGCGAGAGCCAGAUCGCCGCUGAAACAAAAGAAAUUGAAAAGUACUUGGCUUUCAAGCCUAAGCAUUUCCGCAAGGUGUGCGAGGGUUGGGACAUGCAAAGACAGCUCAAAGUCGACUUUGCUGGUGACGAUCUGAAUGGUGCUGGUGAACAGAUCUUCAUCAUCAACUGUGGGUUUACUCAAGACCAACCUGCUUCAAUUCGUCGUCAUGUUCGUCAGAAGAUAUCAGGAGCGACACUCAGCUCUGAACAAUUUCCGAAUGUAUCAAGUUUCAAGCCAGUGGCCUCUCUAUUUGGUGGACCAAGCACGCCGCAGUCAUCUCAGCCCACCAGUCAGCCUCGGUCUCGAGCUUCGAGCCAUGCCAGUCAUAGCUUGUCCACUAUUGCCAAUACUGAAUGGAGAGCGACUGAUUUCAUUUUCAAUGGGUUCAAGUUUUCUCGACUGACUUCAGUAGCAAUCGACAUGUCAACAUUCGCACAACUCACGGUCGCCGAAGAUCCUCUGCUCGGAAUGUCAAGUGCUUCCAAUCUGUCGUCACCCGCUUCUUCUCCGUUGCCGCAUAUGCAGGCUUCAGGCUCGGAAGCAGGUGUCCCUGGACAGCGAGCUCGUUUCCUGGCCGUAGGAACUGAUUCGGGAUCUGUGUAUAUUUGGAAUGUGCGUGUUCCGCCGAGCCGCACUACUGGACUGAUGAAUACCGUUUCUCCCGUGCGGAUCAUUCAGACAGAGUCGCCUCAAGUCGCAUGUCUUGCUUUGACUUCUCUCUAUCUCGUACAUGGCGGAAACGAUGGACUGGUUCAAGCGUGGGAUCCUUUGGCGUCAACGACUCGACCCAUUCGUACAUUGCACUCUAGAUUCUCAUCUCGCGCCCGUCGUCGUCUCAUUCAGGCCGAAGCAUCUAUCCUAGGUGUUGGGAAUAAUUACUUUGCUGCGGGCGCCAUCUGUCUUGAUCCAGAUCCAACUGUGUUACGUGGUGUUGUUUCUCUUGGUACGCAUGUCCGCUUUUGGUCGUACAGUUCAUCCGCUGCCGAUGAAUACAAAUCUAACAAGCGUCGUCGUCGACGCUCUCACCGAGGCAGCAACUCGUCGUCUGAAGGACAGCGCUUUACUAGCACUGGUCGCGGUGCUUUGAAAGACUUUAUCGAGGACGAGCAUCAUGAGAUGAAACGACAGAUUGUCGAGGACGAGAAACAGAGGGAACACCUGAGCCAUCGCUUUGGAMCCGACUUGCUCGGMCCUGACGCAACUGAAGAGGAGCUCAUAGCUUAUGCUCAGCUGCUGAGCGAAGAGAGUUUGAAUAAUGACGCAUUCAAGGAGAGAAAGAGCGGAACCAAUACGAGAGCCAGCAGCGUCUCUAGUGAUACUAUAGCUGCCUUUGAUAGCUCCUAUCCACCACUUGAAUUCUCGUCAUCGUCGUCGCCAACCCUUGAGACUGUCGAGGAAGAAUUUGCCCCGGACAUUGCAGAGGCUAUUCGUCUGAGUCUACUCGACGAGGCCCCACAACCUGACGACCAGUGGCAGGAGACACCGUCAUCAUCGUCGUUUAGCACUUCAUCGAUUCCGAUCAAAUAUGCCAAGGGCGCAAAGUCAAAGUUCAAGCGUCGUCAACCCUCUAAUUCUCCGCCGGAGAAGACCGCCGGCGCCGAAAGCAGCAAUCAACAAGAGAUGGAUGAUCUGGAAUUUGCGAUUCAGUUGAGUCUCGCCGAGGAGCAGAGCCGUGAGACUACUUAUCAACAGGAGGAGUUUCCGGAAUUGGUGUCUAGUUCAUAUGGCCGUUCGGACAAUGGAAAAGGCAAGGGAAGAGCAUAG